GUAGACUGCUGGGCGCCAUGAACGCAGAAAGUCUCCAGGCAGGAGAGCAGCUCGUGUCUGCGGCCUACAUUCGGCAAGGCAGGGAGGCGCGACGCGGCCAUGAGCAGCUGAUAAGACUGCUGCUGGAGAAGGGAAAAUGUCCGCAGGAUGCUUGGGACGAGAGCACGAUCGAGCUCUUCCUGCAGGAGCUGGCCGUGAUGGACAGUAAUAAUUUUCUUGGGAAUUGUGGCGUGGGAGAGCGAGAAGGAAGAGUGGCAUGUGGCCUGGUAGCUCGGCGCCAUUAUCGGCUUAUACAUGGAAUCGGAAGGUCGGGGGACAUAUCUGCGGUACAACCUAAAGCGGCCGGCUCCAGUCUCCUGAAUAAACUGACCAAUUCGCUGAUGCUGGAUGUCAUCCGGACCACAGGGGUACGGACCGCCACCAGCUGCUUUGUAGUUCCUAUGGCAACUGGAAUGAGUUUAACCCUUUGCUUCCUUACGCUUCGCCACAAAAGGCCAAAAGCCAAAUACAUUAUUUGGCCUCGGAUAGACCAGAAGUCGUGCUUCAAGUCAAUGAUUACUGCAGGUUUUGAGCCGGUUGUGAUUGAGAACGUCCUGGAAGGGGAUGAAUUACGCACCGAUCUGAAUGCUGUCGAAUCUAAAAUCCGUGAGCUGGGAGCCGAGACUGUCCUGUGCGUUCACUCCACCACAUCGUGUUUUGCCCCUCGAGUGCCUGACAGACUGGAGGAACUGGCGAAGAUCUGUGCCGAGUAUGAUAUUCCGCACAUAGUCAAUAACGCCUACGGUCUCCAGUCUUCAAAAUGUAUGCAUCUUAUCCAGCAGGGAGCCCGUAGGGGCAGGAUUGAUGCUUUUGUGCAGAGUUUAGACAAGAACUUCAUGGUUCCUGUAGGUGGCGCUGUUGUAGCAGGCUUUGACAGUUCUUUCCUUGAAGAAAUAAGCAAGAUGUAUCCUGGGAGAGCAUCAGCUUCUCCGUCUCUGGAUGUCCUGAUAACACUGCUGUCGCUUGGUUCGAGCGGAUAUAAGACUCUGUUGACAGAAAGGAAGGAAUUAUUUACAUAUCUUGCCAAUGAACUGAAGGCUUUGGCUGCAAAACAUAACGAGAGGUUACUAGAUACCCCACAUAACCCUAUAUCAAUGGCAAUGUCUUUGAAGAAUCUGAGUGCCAAGGGCGGCUCGGCCAUCACCCAGCUUGGGUCCAUGCUCUUCACAAGACAAGUGUCCGGUGCCCGGGUUGUGCCACUUGGAACAUCACAAACAGUCAGUGGAUACGUUUUCAAGGGUUUUAUGUCUCACAGCAAUGACUAUCCAUGCGCUUACCUGAACGCUGCAUCCGCCAUUGGCAUUAAAAAGCAAGAUAUUGACCUGUUCAUCAAGAGACUGGACAAGUGCCUCAAGCAGUGCAGGAAAGAGAAAGUUGUGGAGGAUGCAGCCUCGGGUACUCAAUCGGCAAUAGAGGAGGAUGUUACAGAAUUAACCAAGGAUUUGACCGUCUCCCUGCAAGUGGACGCUGUGUAAAAGUGGAAGAUCUAGACGGUGCACGUGUCAUAAGUUAUGUGUAGUAGACUGUUCACAAUGGGAAAUCCUGAUUUCAAAACCUCAAAAAUUUGGAAGAAAAAAAGGGCCGCUUUCUCUUGACGAGUCAUGUCUUCAUUAUUCCAACAGACCAGAAAUAAGGUUUAUUUUGGGUAAGAAAUGGGACAUUAUGAAGCCAGUUUUACAUAAAACAUUACACUGAAGUGCCUUUGAUCUGUAUCCUCAUUGCCCGAUGCUGCGUUACAUGUUUUGAUUUAUUUCAUUAAUAAAUCAUUUUAAUGUUU